CGAAAGCAUGCGUUGAAGUACCAAGCUGUGACACCGCCUGAUGGAAUUAUUGUCCAUCUUCAUGGACCAAAGCCAGGCUCGCGUCAUGAUGCGUACCUGUUGGCACAAAGUGGUUUGGUUGAGAAACUGCAGAGAGUGCUAGUUGUUUCAGGUACUCGCUAUGUGAUCUACGGAGACCCAGCUUAUGGGAUCAAUGAUGUAAUAGUAUCAGGAUUCAAUGGUGCGAGGUUGAAUGAGCACCAGGCGGAGUUUAAAUCGCCGCAUGA